AUGAUUGUUCAUUUGUGCGUGCUAGUUUCACGCUGUGAUGGAGCUGAGAUCCAAGCAGCAUUGGCACAGUUGACAGGCCAAAGGACAGUGCCUAAUGUCUUUAUCGGUGGCAAGCACAUUGGUGGCUGUGACGACACGAUGGCCCUCAACAAGUCAGGGAAGUUGGUUCCUCUUCUUACUGAGGCUGGAGCUAUUGCUGCUACUACUGCUUCUGCUUCUUCCUAG